AUGGCGCCUGCUGCGAACCCUGCCGCUACCGGGUUGACCAAGUCGUUCUUUGCACGAUACUGUUUUUCGCCCAAACCUUCGUCAGUCACUUAUUCUUCUUCUUCUCGUACCUUCCAACCCAAUACUUACCGCUUCGAUACAGCACUCGAUGCCACUAUACAACGCUCCGACCUUACCGAACCCUUUCCCGCUCCUGUACAUACUCUUCCCCGUCUGCUUGAAAAACUCCUUCGUACUUUGCAUCGUUGUCAACUCCCCCGCACCUACCGCCGCUGCUCCCGAGUUCGCCAGUCCGUUGGCAGCCAGCGUUGUUCUGCGCAGCGGAUCGUCAACCGCAAAACUCGUCGACAUCAACGAGAAAAACGCUCCCAACCCAAACCCCGCCGCCCCCGACAAAGCACAUUUCGUAGGACACGACUCCAUCGUCAUGUUGGCAAUCUUGUUCCAUUUGGCGAUCUUGGUCAUCUCGGUACGAUCGUCUUCGGUGACACCUGGUGGAAGCGGUUCGGUGCCGGGGACGUAGACGGGCGCCAUGAGCGGUCGAAGGUGCGCCAUUUUGAUGUAAACUGUCGAGAUGUGUGA